UAUGAAAAAAGCAGUGGAUGAUUCUAAAUUUUACUCUAUAGUCGUGUUUCUAUUUGCCUUACUAGUCAGAUGGUUAACAUCACUCGGUCCCUUCUCGGGUAAAGGAAAAUCACCGAUGUACGGAGACUACGAAGCUCAAAGACAUUGGAUGGAAAUAACUUAUAAUUUACCGAUAAAAUCCUGGUAUUAUAAUACUACAGACAAUGAUUUAUUAUACUGGGGACUCGAUUAUCCUCCAUUAACAGCAUAUCAUAGCUUAAUCAUGGGUUUCAUAGCUAACAAAAUUAAUCCAGAAUUCGUUGCUCUGCAUAAGUCAAGGGGAAUAGAAAGUCCUACCCAUAAACUAUUUAUGAGAUAUACUGUGAUAAUUGGAGAUCUGCUCAUUUACAUUCCGGCUGUAUUUAUUUAUUUUUUAGGAAAUAAAUCCAUUCAAUCGAAAGGAAAGAUAUCCUGCUGCCUAUUGGCCCUUCUAUAUCCAGGCUUGACACUCAUUGAUCAUGGACACUUCCAGUUCCUACAAUUACUGAAAGUGUCUUUUGUCACUUUGAUUGCAUUCUUACUAUGUUGGUUACCUUUCCUAAGAGAUUUUCAAGAUGCUCUUCAAGUUUUGCAUAGACUAUUCCCAUUUGCAAGAGGUAUUUUUGAGGACAAGGUCGCAAAUUUUUGGUGCUCGUUAUCAAUUGUAAUAAAAUUUAGAUCCUUAAUGACUCAGGAUACUCAGAUACUUAUGUGCUUGGUAACUACUAUAAUAUUAUUACUACCCUCUGGUCUUCAUUUAUUGUUAAAACCAACGAUGAGAAAUUUUAAGCUAGCUCUUGUUAAUAGCUCCCUUAUCUUCUUCCUCUUUUCUUUUCAAGUUCAUGAAAAGUCUAUACUUAUAGCGGCCCUGUAA